AUGGCGCCACUGAAAAUCCGCCAGAACCACUCCUUUACCCCAUCGCCCCCUCGGCCACCAAAAGGACCAUACACCCACCCAAUCAGUGUAAAUGCCCAAAUCAACCCCGCUGUUCUCGGCGAGUUAUUUGCCGGAACAGUCGGUAUAUUCAUCUUUGCCGUUCUCUUCUGGAAAAUUGGCAAGACUUGGUAUGGCUGGGUACCGCUCGAUGUACACGAGAGAAACAAAAGAAUAAUCACGAAUAUAUUCAGUUGUAUUCUCGAUUGGCUGUCGUGGGAGUCGAGCAGAAUGGACUAUAGCUGGGUAUGGUGGGAUCCGGGUCAAGAAAUGACACAGAAGCGCCAGCGGCGGAGCAAAACCCCGAGCUGGAUGCCUCGGUUUCUUCAAAGGUAUGAGCCUCGUCCAGCCGAUCAAAUUUGGAACCCGGGAUCCCCUACCGAAUGCCAUGGCGCUUUGAUCGACAUGAUUGAGAUCCAGACCGAUCAAAUGACAGAACCCUCGAUGGCGAGCUCGACAAUCAGCUUAAGUCGGUUAUCACAGGAACUUUCAAGAACACACAUAUCGGAAGCCAGCGAGGUUUCAAUUUACCAGGAAUGCUUUACUCGGCUCGAGCAUAUGCAUGGAAGCUAUGAGGAGCAUAACAGUCAUCAAAGCGAGGUGUUUGCCGCAAUAAUGCAGUCUAUAUCGCCAACCCCGUUAAACAAGACUUGCCCCCCGAAGCUGCAGUCACAAAUUCGGGUUCCUCCGUUGGGGAUCAAAUCCUGGUCCGUUCCCGAUUUCAGCAAAGUCAUCAUGCCUCCGAAUAAACACCUUGAGAACCGAGGAAAUCUGCAACUGAAGGAUUGCAGGCUUUAUGUGGAUUCCCACAGAAUGCCCAGGCAUCCGAUAGCAGAGCUUAUAUCAGAGACACCGCGCCGACAUGCUCAAUUACGCAAGUUCCGUGUGUGGUCUGCUAAAAUGCAGGUCAAGGCAGAUAGGCUAGUGCCAUGUGAAUUACGAGACUUAUCUGGCCCCCCGGGGACCCCGUUUACUGACAUGCUGUCCACUUUCCAAUCAGAACAGACUGCUUUAGAAUCAAUCCCAAUCAGCCGAGAACCCAGGAAUAACAGAGAAGUUGGAUAUUCGGCUAACCAGGUCGGGCUUGACCAAAGCUUUCAACUAAUUCCAAGGGCACCUCUCGAUACAAUCACAAAGUUCCACACCUUACCAGCCAGAUUUCGUCGACGAUUGGGCCACAUGUCAGUAGAGGAAGUGGUUUCAAGCCCGAUUUUCGAGACAAUAGGACACACGAGGGGACUGGAGGUCAGACUACGUUUGCCUUUCAGACCUAGAUCGUCUUCGCAAAAUGAUAAGGUUCUCUUGGAUCGGUUAGACCGACAAUCUGAUGCUGAGCUUUGCGAUUGGGAGAUCAGAUUGAUAGAUGGAUUGAAACGCAAGUUGGUGUGGAUAUUCAACGAGAUGACUCCCGGCCAGAAGCCGUAUCACUUUGCACAACUAGCAAAUCACUGGUUAAACAGAGAGACCUGGCUAGUCAUCGAUCCGGUAUCAAGAGUGGCUCUUGAUUCCAGACGAGAGUGGGGAGACCCACGCUUCAAUGUCCCUUAUCCGGAGCCGACAUAUGACUCCAAGCCGAAAUACCCGGUCCCUAUUCAAAAGCGUGCCUAUACACCUCUGCGCACCGUGGAAUUAUACGAGAACUCCAUUGAAGAGCCGCCCGAUGGACAUAUCGACCCAGGAUGCUGGAUGUUCCCGAGGCCACCUCAGGGAUUUGAGGUUUCUACCAAGCAAAAGAAUGGGUGGUACGAAGGUGGGACCGGUUGGCAAGAGACAUUUGAAGACUGGCAGCAUAUCGGACGGGGUUACCGUCUUCGCAAAACCAUCCAGGAGGGACGUGUCAACCGCUACUGGGUGAAAGAGGUCGCUAGUCGAGUUCAUAGAGGUUGCCGGUCUACAUCACUUAAGAUCGUCUCCAAGGAUGCUCAACGGGUCCCGACUUCUGGAAUGGUUGUGGUGUGA